AUGGGCUACACAACACUCUGGCGACAACUCUCACCACGUCAGAUUAAUCUUGCAAUCCAAACGUUUUCCCUCAUUUCUAUAUUCUUCGAAGGCUAUGAUCAGGGUGUAAUGGGAGGUGUAAAUGCCUCGCCGACGUACGUGACAGAAGUCGGGAUAGGAAGGCCCGACGGCACUGUGACUGACACUACGCAUCAAGGAGGCCUGGUCAGUAUAUACUACUUAGGAUGUAUCUUUGGCUGCUUUGCCGGUGGAUGGCUUGCUGAUUGCAUUGGUCGUAUCAAUGGCUUGCUGUUCGGGUCAGUCUUUGCCCUCAUUGGGGGUGCUCUACAAGCCUCCAUUCAAAGCUCGGAGUUCAUGCUAGUUGCUCGCGUGGUGACGGGAAUUGGUACGGGUGCACUGACUGGAAUCACCCCGGUGUUUGUGUCAGAAAUUUCUUCGGCCGAACACCGUGGCGGAUAUCUUGGCUAUGUUUUUAUUGCGAAUUAUCUGGGUAUCUCUGUUGCCUACUGGCUGUCUUUUGGCCUCUCUUUCAUCAAUAACGGUUACUCGGACUUCAGGUGGCGCUUCCUACUAGCAUUUCAAUGCAUCCCGGCCCUUAUCCUUACUAUCUGCAUCAAAGCAUUGCCAGACAGCCCACGGUACCUUGCCUCGGUCGGACGAAAUGACGAGGCUCGCGAUCUGUUGAACUGUAUUCGGCGGCAUAAAGCCAGCCAGAAGGAGAUCGACCGGGAAUAUCACGAGAUUGUUGCUACAGCACAAGAUAGUAGACCGAGCUCCCCAAUUCAAUUCGUCAUGAUCCUUUGCGGCAAAGGUGGCAGACCAGGUGCGAAUUUGGGUCGCCGUGCCUGGCUUAGCUUAUUCCUCCAGAUCAUGGCCUCUUGGACUGGCAUCACAGCUGUCACGGCGUAUUCGCCCGUGCUUCUCAGCCAGGCCGGUUAUAGUGAAACCAAACAGAAUGGGUUAGCUGGUGGCUUGAAUACGAUCGGCAUCAUCGGGACCAUCAUCAGUGGGCAAAUCGUCGAUCGCCUUGGUCGACGCAGGUGCCUCAUGCUUGGCUCUGCAGUGCUUUUCGCUGUUGAAAUAAUUGCUGGAUCGCUAUACGAAGGUUCUCUUCAUCAUCCAGACAAAGCAAUCCAAUAUGCGCCAGGGGCUGUCGCGAUGCUCUUCCUUUUCAACUUGGGUUAUGCAGCAACAUGGGGCACAGUAGCUUUCCUCAUACCCACGGAGAUUUUCCCUUCAGACCUGCGAGCCCAAGGAAACGGUUUCGGUAUAACGGGCUGGGCGAUUGGCGUUGGAAUGACCACUCUCGUCAAUCCCAUCAUGUUCGACAGCAUCAAGAGUCGGAGCUACUUUCUCCUUGCUGGCUUAAAUCUUCUCUGGAUUCCCAUAGUAUAUCUUUUUUAUCCAGAAACUUGCAAUCGAUCGCUAGAAUCAAUCGAAGCCUUGUUUUCCACACCCAGCCCAUUCUCCUGGGACAUGGAGUGGGCAUACUGCUUGCAUGGCGAUGUGGUCGUCGAACGGGGGGUUAAUGACGAAAAAGACAACAGGGCUGAAGGUUGUCAGAGUCUUCCUCGUGGGGACCAUGAGGAUAUUUGGGCGUGUUGA